AAAAUCAGAAAAUCGAUAAUCUGAACACCAAAGACCAAAAUUUUCACAGCUUUUUUCAAAUUUCAACGAUGCAGAGGUCAACUAAAUUCAGUGACGAACAAGAGUUUUCAAUCAUGGUUUCUGCUUUAAAAAAAGUGAUUACAGGCAGUACUCAUACUUCUCCUGUCAUGAAUGCCAGUGCCAGUGCCAUAAUUUCAUCACCUUCUACGAGUAUCUCCCAUUCUAUUGACCCGCCUUUGUUUCGUCUUCCAGCAGAGCCAGAGCCUUGUCAAUUCUGCAAAAUAAAAGGGUGUUUAGGCUGCAACUAUUUUGGAACUCCAGCUGCUGCUGCUGGUGGCAAUAACAAGACAUUAAAUAUUGUGGCGAAGAAGAAGAAGAAGAAGAAUUACAGAGGAGUGAGACAGAGACCAUGGGGAAAAUGGGCUGCAGAAAUUAGAGAUCCAAGAAGAGCUGCUAGAGUAUGGCUUGGAACAUUUACUACACCAGAGGAUGCAGCCAGAGCUUAUGACAGAACAGCUAUUGAAUUUAGAGGUCCAAGAGCUAAGCUUAAUUUCUCAUUUGCAGAUUAUACAUCGAUUCAACAAACGAUUAAUACUUCUUCAACCCUGCAAGUGCAACAACAACAACAACAGUCCACGCAGUUACAACAGGAAAUUAACACAGAAGAAGAGUUCUGGGAUCAAUUGAUUUUAUCGGACAAUGAAACACAAGAUUGCUUGAAGACAAUGAGUUUUAAUGGAAAAUCUUCUGAUUCUGCUAAUGGCUAUAUUGCUCAUAGCUUCUGAGCAUUUUCAAUUAAAAACAAGAAAUGAAAAGGAAAUUAAAAGAUAGCGGGACCAUUUAGUUUUGGUAGUAUUAAUUAAAUUUGUUUUCCAAUAAAGACUGUAUCAUAAAUAGUAAGGCACCAUACUGGAGUAAUCACCUGAUGAAUUUGAUGACAGCCUGCCUACCAACUUCAAGGGGCAUAUUCUUUUUAAUUAAACGAACGUGCAAAAAAAGAAAAAAAGGAACGUGCAUUAAUUAAAGUUACAAUAUUGGGAGAAUAUUUGUUGUAUUGACAACAAACAAUGUUCACACCAGGAGAAGUUAUCCACGGCCACUCAGACGUUUACUUUAUUAUUAUCUAGUUUAUCUGUUUGACUAGUUUAUAGGAGUUGGAUGAGCUGAAUAAGUCGGAAUUAUCUUUAAAAUAAA